AUGGCAGCUUCCCCUUCUUCCGCAGCGGGAACGCCUGACCUCGAGGCCCCCAGCUCUCCUGCCCAGCGCAACUACAACGACAAGUCCUUCAUGACCAACGUCACCGAGGACGACGACAGGUCCAAGAUGGGCACCCCAGAGCCUGGUCCAUCGCGGCGCCGGAGGGGUCUCGGCGCGGGCAACUCGAACGCCAUCGGCAAGAUCAGGCAUCUGAAGAAGGAUGACGGCGAGCCCCUCUGGCGCGUCGACAUCCAGUACGACUUCCUGAGGGCCGUCUUCGACGACGACAUGCACGUCUUCACCAACAGCUGGGAGCCUAACAAGCCCAAGCAGACCUUUGCCGACCUCUACAUCGAUACCAUGUCCAGAAGCUCAAAGACCAGUAAGGUCCUCCGCGACAAAUUGCUUAGUGACCGAGAAGCCGCCAAGAGUAUGGCUAUGGUGUGUCUCCUUGUGAACAUCGGCCGCAUGAACACCACCCUCAACUUCUUUCCCGAGAUGAGAGCACAACUACGAACCUAUCACGCUAUCCCUUCCCUCCAGGCUCGACAAGAUCCCAACUCGUACAAGCAAUUGCAGGAUGCCCCCCGACUGAAAUCCAUACUGAAGGGAGGCUCGGAGGACCGCCCCGAGCCGCAGUCGCUGGAUUCUAUCAAGAACAUGAACAUACCAAGGACCAACCCCGUCAACCUGCUGUUCGUCCUCUGCCUCUCGGCCCCCAAGGUGGCAGAGCUGCACUUCCCACCAGGGCGGGAGUUCCACGACCUCAUCAUGAAGACAAACCUCAGCAGCAAGUCUCGCGCCCGCGCCUUCCUGUGGGUCAUCUGGUUCUACCUCGAGUCCGACUUCACCGAGGAGGGCUGCAUGGAGAAUCCCUUCGGCGAGGGUGUGGACUACGGCGUGGACGUUGCCAACCAGGGCGUCCCCCGCCUCGAGGAGCUGACCAAGGCUGAAGAGGCCGAGGAGAACAUCGACACACAGGAGGAGAUCGAGUACGGCAGGGGCAAGCAGGCCAUGCGGAAGAAGAUCAUCGAGGCCGAUCAGCAGUAUGCUCUCGAGAGCAGCUCCAAGCGUGGGUCGAGGGCUCGUAUGUUUCCAGCUGGUGAUGAGGGCUCUACGAUGGGUGUACUGCCCAGGAUCAGGCCUUCCAAGCACGAGUCCGACAUGGACAGCACCCGCUCGACUCCUCCGCCCCGAGCCCUUGCUAGGCACAAGGACGGCCUUGGUGGCUCGAACCGUCGCGCCGGAGCACCUUUGAAGUACCAGAUCUUCGAGGGCAGCUCCCCCGGCGGCCCGCAGGUCAUCGAGGGCAUCGUGGCGAGGAAGCCGAGGCCCCCCACUGCACAUCAGCUCGCUGUAGAGCGUAACAGAUCCCAGCGGGUGGAGUAUAUUCUUGACCGUGGGAUCAGGAAGGCCCACCGAAAGGCACGCCGCUCCCGAAAGAUGGAGGGCGCCGUUGUCCGAGCAGUGGCACGGCUGAAGCACAUGGACGAUCCUUUUGAUGAUAGCGAGGGCGAGGAGAAUGUCAACGCUCUGAAGCAUCACGCGCUCGUGGGCCCAUCCGCCUAUCCCUCCGGCACCGACCCGAUGACAGGAAAGAAGCUGUCUUUCCGAGAGCGAGGUUUCGGUGGCCUGGUGCCCAUGGUCUCCGAGGUGGACGACUUUGGCGAGGAGUUUGUUGCGUACAGUGCCUCCCUGCGCCGUGCAGUCCGCCGUCUCAACCGAUGGGAAGGUCAAGUCGGGCCCGAUGUGGGACCCAUCGCGCCUAUCAAGAAGGUCAAGCAGAGGCCGGCGAACGGAGAGAGGGACCCAGACGAGACCGAAGAGGAGUCCAGGUCGAGGCCCCGCGGCCGCAAGUCGAAUGGGGUCGCGCCAGCGCCAAGCUCCAACGGCGAUGUCACCAUGGAGGAUGCCGAAGACUUGAACGAGGUGGAUAAGGAGCUACUGGGUCUGGCCAGCGACCGAGAGAACGAGAAUGAAAAUGAGAACGAGAACGAGAACGAGAACGGCGACGGCGACGACGGCGAAGGCGAUGGCGAGGACGAGGACCUGGACGACCUGGAGCUUACGAUGCUCGGGCGGAAGGAGGUUGCCUCUGACUCGGAGUAG